UUAAGCAAAGGUAGAUCCCCUCCCCUAGCAGGACUCGCUGUUCCUCUGCAGAUGCGGGUCAAGGAACGACCAAAGUGACUUUCACGCAGUCGCAUCACGCCAUCGGAAUCUCCGCCAGCUGCGCAGACUCAGCAGCCCCAUCCGCACCGUCACAUCGGGGUUUUUCCGUCAGUCUGCGCGGAUUUAGUCGACUUAUUUAUUUAAUUACUCAUUAUAUAAUCCACACGGACUUAAAACACACUCUCACUUACUGACCGUCCUCGAGCUUUGGCGCACCCACUGCGCGAGUCAUCUUGACAGACUUGAAUCGACGGCCCUGACCUAAAUAACAGCCAAGUGUCCACGGUGAGGCAGGCUUCUCUGAGCGGACGGACCCACAGACAGAGCAGAGGACGUCAGCAGAACAUCAGCAGUUUAAGGAGCUGCAGCAGCAGCAGCAGCUGGCUGGCAAGAAUACUGCAUCCAUAUCAACCUCCCCCAUCCUACUUCUCUUCAUCACAUCUGACAUGGCAGAUCCCAGUCUCAAGUCACCCUCUAGGACACCGCUGCGCUCCCCUGAUGCCCCUCUCACGCUCUCCUUCCCCUUCCUGAGGGAGGGGAGCCGGGUUUGGGAGGAGGGGAAGGAGCCACCACUUCCACGGGAUCUGCCCAGCCCACUGCCAACAAAACGCACCCGCACCUACUCAGCAACAGUUCGAGCUCACUCAGGACCAGUUUUUAAGGGCGUAUGUAAGAACUUCUCCAGAUCACAAGGUCAUGGUUUCAUCCAACCGUCCCACGGUGGAGAAGACAUCUUUGUUCACAUCUCAGACAUUGAGGGGGAGUACGUCCCAGUCGAGGGGGACGAGGUUACGUACAAAGUGUGCCGGGUUCCACCCAAGAACCUGAAGGUGCAGGCGGUGGAGGUGAAGAUCAUACAUCUAAACCCUGGGACGAAACAUGAGACCUGGUCUGGACAGGUUAUCAGCUCAUAGGACCUGAGUUCUGGGGCCUGGUGGAUGGCGGCGCUCAGGCUAUGAAUGGGGAUGGGGGGUGGUGGAGGUACAUUCGGACUCAUGAUUUUGCUGUGCUCAAAUCUAUUAUCUUUUUUUUUAAUCAUAUUUUAUUCUACACAGCAAAGAUGUCAGUGUUAAUAAGUCGAUGAUUUCUUCACAGAGCUGAUAUAUGUUCUGUUAAAUUUGCUCCACGUGUAAUACAAGCUAUCAUUUUACUUUUUUUAUCAUGAUCAGAUUGGAAAUGGGUCUGGUGCAGAUUUAAACGUAAAGCGAGCAUGGGUGUGUUUAAUUACAGCAUAUUUGCAGACUGCCACAGCAGUCCUACUUUUUUUCUUCAUCAAACUUUCCAGAGUCACGUUGGGUGAAAGUGACACGUGACUGGAAAGCUGAGACGCGAAUGGCUGUUGCUGAGAGAAAGAAAGAGGUGGUAAAUUGUCAGUCUUAAAAGCACUAGUUUAGGUUAGGAAAGAAGAAUGCUUUGUCUCAUGAUCUUGUUGUUUCACAUCAUCAUUUUAGAAACAAAUACAUGAAGGUUUUCUGUGAACCAGAAAGAGGAAUGUGAUGCUUGUAGUGAAAGUUGAAGUGAAAUUUAGAGAUUUUUUGUCUUAUGAGAGAGACAGCAAAUCAAGCAGAGUUCAUUAAAAGGUAAAAAAAAAACACAAACUCCCUGGAGCAAAAAUUCUUAAAAACACACACCUUUUCUUGUGUUGUCUUGUUUGGUGGUUGAUUAUUUAUUCACCGAUUGUUGAUAUUUGUGUCCUCAAAUUACAAGCUUUAUAUUUUGAAUAAUACAGUUAAAACUUGCACUCAACUCCCUCUGUUGUAAACUGCCACUGUACUUAAGAAAUUUACUAAACUUGUGUAAAAAUUUUGAAAGCAUGUAUCUGUGUGUGGCGAGCGUGGCCAGUGUGAUAGCGAGCCUCACAUUUCCACGGUUUGAGUGCCAACAGAGCUCAUCGUCACGUUGUAGUUUUUCAGGUUGAAAUGCUGUUCUGUCAUUUUCAUCACAUAAUGUCCAUACAGUCUCUGUAGAUCUUUUCUGUGUGUGUGUGUGUGUGUGUGUGUCACUGCCUGAAAUUGUCCAAAGUAAAAUUUUGUUUGUCUCUGUCAUGUAAGAGGGUAUUUUAAGUGACUUCCUGUGGAUGAGCCACUUUGGUGGUAAUCUCCACUAUUACUUCUACUGAGCCUCAAAAGAACAAUUAAAGUGUGAUACACG